CUGGCGGGAUGUGCAGCGUGCUGGGUAGAGGGAGUUUUGAGCGCUGACCCAGUGUUGCUCCUGGGUUUGUUUACAUCUUGGUAAAAGGGGGGGAGGUAAAAAUUCACAAAAUGAGGAGAUCAGCAGCUCCAAGUCAGAUCUCUGGUAAUCCUGCAAAAAAGCCUUGUUUUAUUCCUCCUGCAAUAGUAAAUUCCUGUACAGACAAAGAAACUGGAAACACCGCUUUAAUGAAGAACAGUGAUGUACCUUCUAGAACACUUACAAAAAUGUGUGGACUGAACACAAUGUGUUCCACUAAAGAGGCAGUAACUCCACCUGCAAAUCGCUCUGGGAAUCCUGGUGUGACACUACUACCCAAAUUUCGACCAUUAGGAUCACCAGCAGUGACUCCACCUGCAAAUCUCUCUGGCAAACCUGGUGUGACGGCUCUACCCAAAUUUCGACCAUUAGCAGCAUCUUUGCAUGCAGCAAAUGGAAAUUCAGAACCUAUAGUGGCUGAAGAAGAACCUAGCUCCUUCACAAAGUAUUUCAGUGUGGUUUGGUGCAAAGCAUCGAAGAAAAAACACAAGAAGUGGGAAGGAGAUGCUGUUCUUAUUGCCAAAGGCAGAACAGUAACACUAAAAGACAUGGAAGGAAAAGAUAUUGGAAGAGGUACUGGCUAUAAACUUAAAGAUCUAGAAAACCUUGAGGAAGGCCAGACUUUGAUGAUCGGUGGCAAAGAAAUUGAAGUCAUGGGUAUAAUUUCAUUAGAAGAUUACAAUAGUGGCAGGUGUUUCCAUUCUGUUGUGACAUCUUCUACUCCAGCAGCUUCAGAAUGUAUGCCAGUAAAACCUUUCAUAAACCCAUUGAAGAAUGCCAGCACUGCUCGUGGCAAAGAACAAGUAUUCCGAGAAAUUCAGAAUUGUAAACCUCGACAUGACCCAAAUGCACCAAACUCUCUAGUGAUGUCAAAACCUACCCAGUAUCACCAGCGAAUGUUCAACAAGGCCAGCUUACCUGUUGUAGAUGUGGUGGUGGACCCAUACUUAUCUGUUCAUCUUAGACCUCAUCAGAAAGAAGGCAUUCUCUUCCUUUAUGAAUGUGUAAUGGGAAUGCGGGCUAAUGAGCGUUUUGGAGCAAUCCUUGCUGAUGAGAUGGGUUUAGGUAAAACAUUACAGUGCAUAUCUCUGGUCUGGACUCUUCUGCGUCAGGGCCCUUAUGGAGGAAAACCCAUCCUAAAGAAAACGCUCAUUGUAACUCCAGGCAGUUUGGUAAAGAACUGGAGAAAAGAAUUUCAGAAGUGGUUGGGCACAGAGCGAAUACGAGUGUUUGCAGUUGACCAGGAUCACAAAGUUGAUGAAUUUGUCAACUCUCCUCUUUAUUCGGUGUUGAUAAUCAGCUAUGAGAUGUUGCUUCGAUCUUUGGACCAAAUACAGAACCUUGACUUUGAUCUGAUAAUCUGUGACGAGGGCCAUCGUUUAAAGAACAGUUCCAUUAAAACCACAUCUGCACUUACAAGUUUGUCUUGUAGCAAGCGCAUUAUUCUUUCAGGUACGCCGAUUCAGAAUGACCUUCAGGAGUUCUACGCUUUGAUAGACUUUGUAAACCCAGGUAUACUUGGCUCUCUGGGCACAUAUAAAAAAAUAUAUGAAGAACCUAUUAUUAGAUCGAGAGAACCUUCAGCAACAAAAGAUGAGAAAGAUUUAGGUGAAGAGAGAGCUGCAGAACUAGUUCGUUUGACUGGCCUCUUCAUCCUUAGGAGGACCCAGGAGGUUAUUAAUGAUUAUCUGCCUCCAAAAACUGAAAGCAUAGUCUUCUGCAGACCAUCUACAUUCCAGCUGGAUCUUUACCGAAAGCUUCUGAACUCGCACCUUGUGAAAUCGUGCUUCCAAGCCUCUGGUGAAAAUAGUCCUCAUUUAGUGUGCAUAGAUGCACUUAAAAAACUUUGCAACCAUCCAUGUUUGUUGUUCAAAAGCCUGAAGUUGAAAGCAAAAGAUCCUGGCCACAAUGAGCAUGACUUCUAUGAAAAACUGGUUGAGAUUUUCCCUUGUAAUUACAAUGCUGAUACUCUGUUAGAGUCAGAGUCUGGAAAACUUCAAGUUUUAACAAAUCUGUUAUCAGCAAUACGAGAACACAGUCCGUCUGACAGAGUUGUCCUGGUCUCCAAUUAUACACAGACAUUAAACGUAUUGCAAGAAGUGUGUAAACAUCACAAAUACAAGUUCACAAGAUUAGAUGGACAAACUCCAGUUUCACAAAGGCAACAGAUUGUGGAUGGUUUUAACAGCAACUACUCUUCCAGCUUUAUCUUUUUACUGAGUUCCAAGGCUGGUGGCGUUGGUCUGAAUCUUAUCGGAGCAUCCCAUCUGAUUCUUUAUGACAUUGACUGGAACCCUGCUAAUGAUAUACAGGCCAUGGCUCGAGUAUGGAGGGAUGGUCAGCGUCGAACUGUACACAUCUACAGACUUCUUACCACAGGUACUAUAGAAGAAAAAAUGUAUCAAAGACAGAUAAGUAAGCAAGGUCUGUCGGGAGCUGUCGUGGACAUAGUCAAGAAUUCUAAUCACAUCCGAUUUUCUUUGGAUGAACUAAGAAACCUCUUCACACUGCAUGAAGACUCAGACUGCGUAACCCAUGAUCUGCUGGAAUGUAAUUGUACAAAAUUAGCAAACCUCUCAGCAGAACAGAGUGAAAAAACGUCCGCACAGAAGAGGGGCUGUCAGCUUGGCUCCCACCACAGUCAGCCCGAUAAGAAUUUCUCCAUGUCCGAACUGAUGCAGUGGAAACAUUUCUCAAUGCAGAAUAGCUUUGAAGAUCCCUUUCUGCAGCUGGGAAAAGAAUCCAUUUCCUAUGUUUUCCAGAACACCACAAACAGCCAAACAUCAUAAAGAGCAUGAACUUCUGUCAGCUUUCUGGUUUGGCUUUUGAGCUGAGCAUACAGCCUCACUCUUUAACAUUAACACAACAGGGUUGGAAUGUUCCCAGUAAAUACUUCAGUGACAUGGGAAUAUAGCCACUCAUCACGUAGCUUAGGGCUGUAUAUUCCAUUGAACACAUUAACAUUUUUUUUUUUUUAUGCCAAACAUGAACUCAUUAAACCGAGGGGUUUAUUCACUUAACAGCGUGUUGUCGUGAGUCAACAUUGGUUUUGCAAACAUUAGGCAGAACUAACAAAACUGGAUGUAAUUGAUCUCAAACCAAACUAUUUUAGACUAAAUUGUGUUACUCCGUGCAGCUCACUGUUUAAUUCCAUUAAUUACACCCCCAGAUUUGUAAAGCUUCCGGCAAUAUAUAAUUUAUAGACUGGGAGUUAUGCAUUGCUACUAUCACUAGGUUUUCCAUACACGAUCUAUAUAUCUUCCAUUAAUGUAUGACAUCAGACUAGAGUAGACUGGCUGUUACUUAUUAGACAAAGGGAGCCCCCAAAAGAUAGAUCCCCAGAUGUUGUAGAACUACCACUCCCAUAAAGCUUUGCAUGCCCUUAGAAGGACAAAGCAUAAUGGAGGCUGUAGUUCUACAACAUCUGGGGAUUUACCUUUUGGGAACACCUAGACUAUUUUGCAAUAAACAGACAACAAGCCAAUGUCUUACAGUUUUGUAAAAUGUAAUUUAUUUCAAAUUUAAAGCCAUAGUUCUAUAUUUUGACUGCUUUUUUCCUGGGUUUAAUUUGACAGUCAAACUACGGAGCAAAGGAAUCAGGAACGGUCUUGCUCAUGCUAUUGCCACCUUCCCAAACCCAUGGGGAUGGGGAUAAUGAUCUGAGGCUGACGAGCCUCCUCCCCCCAUUUAAUUUCUAAUAGUUUACAAUCCUAUGUAAACUAACACUGAUGUAGUAUAAAUAAUAAAAGCAUACUUUUACCAUAUGAUUUCUCCCAGGUAUUUCAAUUCUAUAUAUGCUCUGUAAGUGGAAAAUAGUUGGAAUGACAAAAUAUUACACCAAUAAAUCAAUAAUAGGAAAUUAAAAAUAAAAUGUAAAUACUGUUUUUCAUCUGCAACCAAAAUGUCGAUUACGUUGUGGGACUUUCCAAAUCCCAAAUACUGGAUGGAAUCCAAAUUCCAACCCACUGCUAAUCAUUACUGCAAAUAUGGCUUAAUUGGCCAUCACGUCUACUGCAUAUCCCCUCUCCGAUCCUCCUUAACCAAUUUUAACAAUCGUUAUCUCAAUUUUCAUCAUUUGUUGUACUGCUCUGCCACUGACUAGAAGUCAUGGCCUGAACCUACAGAGCACUAACUUAAACAAUGUAAUAUCAAGAGUGCAAAAAAUCUAUAUCUCUAAUUUAGAACUACAGCUUACCCCUGGCAAAACAUCAUGUGAGCUGUAGUUCUAAACAUAUAGUGAUCUACAAUUCUAACACUCCUGUCCUAUAUCUUCACUCUCUGGUUACUCUCUCUGCAGUCCUUCGCGUAAGCCUUAAAAAGUUGGUAGUUCUUCUACUUGCAAAACAAGCACACAAACAGUUGGUGGUAAUUAGUUCAAUGUUUCGGUGCAAAUCAAAGACCUAUUUAAUGGGAAAACACCACCUAAUGGGAAGGGGCUAUCCUGCGGUCAGUUAUUUUACUUUGUCUUACUGAUGACACUCUUUGACUCUAGUCAGAAAAGUUUACCAUUUGAUUCCUGCUUACUCUUCUAUAUAAAUUACCUCACGUGACUCCCACCUUAUCCAUCCCAUCAAUUUAAUGGCUACCAUACAGCCCUCUCACUUUCUGUCUAUCACACGUAACAUAACGUACCUCUUAAAACUCCCAAGAGCACAGCCAUCCAGGAUGUAUCAA